AUGAUUGUAUUGAAAGCAGAAGUAUUCAAUGAUGGGCGACAUACAGGAGAAAAUAUAGCGGCAAAGUUAGAAACUAUGUUGUCAUCAUGGGGAAUUCCCAAAGAAAACGUAUUAUGUAUUGUUAGAGAUGGUGGCACUAACAUGAAAAAAGGUAUUUCUUUAUUAAGUAUUAAAAACAUAGAUUGUUUAUCGCACCAAAUCCAACUUGUUGUUAAAGAAGGGCUUAAGUCACAAGAAUCGAUCAUUACAGCCAUUAACAAAUGUAACAAGAUAGCUACACAUUUUCACCACUCUAAUGUAGCUCAAGAUGAACUUGUUAAUCUACAAGAAAAGCUUAAUCAACCAAAGUUCAAGAUAAUCCAAGAGUGUGUUACGAGGUGGAAUAGCACCUUUUACAUGCUAGAACGCAUUUUGAAGAACAAAGAUUCGCUGUGCCUUUAUGCUUCCACUAGCAACAAAAUUUCACAACUAACUUCAGAAGAAUGGAUACUUGUGGAAAAAUUGAUUAUAUUGUUUCAACCUUUUGAAGAAAUAACUCGAGAACUAAGUGCAGCCAAUGUUUCCAUAUCAUCUGUGAUUCCGUUAUUGGCCACUCUGGAAAAGGUGAUUGAUGAAUAUAAUGCAUCUGACGAGUGCAUUAGGAACACUAUACUUGUUUUAAGACAAGAAAUGAGACACAGAUUUUCUCACUUAGAAAACGACAUAUUAUUUGCUACAGCAAAGUUUAUUGAUCAAAACGAAAUUCUUCAAAAAUCCUUCAACAAAAGAUCAAGUCAUGAAAAAUAUUUUAGAUUGGAGACGAGGACUUAA